AGACACUUAUUGUUGACUAAUGAUUGCGAGGAACUACUAAAAUAGUUGUGGUUAGGUCCGAAAUGGAUUUACAAACGCUAAAUGAUACGUCUGGGAUUUGGGCAUGUCUCCAGCUUCAGAACGGGACCUCAAACGGAAGUCUGGAGUUCCCCAACGGCACCUGCGGAGACGCGCUCCUGCUGCCAAAGACGGAACCAGCGCGCGCCAAAGACAUGGAUUCGCUGCGCAUACUGCUAUACUCCCUCAUAUUCCUGCUGAGCGUGUUUGGUAAUCUGCUCAUCAUUGUGGUUUUGGUGGCGAAUAAGCGAAUGCGGACGGUGACCAACUCAUUCCUGCUCUCCCUGGCCAUUAGUGAUCUUAUGAUGGCUGUUUUCUGCAUGCCAUUCACUCUUAUUCCCAACCUGCUGGAGGAUUUCAUCUUUGGAGCUGCUAUGUGCAAGAUUGUGGCCUAUCUUAUGGGAAUUUCCGUCUGCAUAUCUACCUUCAGUCUGGUGGCUAUAGCCAUUGAGAGGUACAGUGCCAUUUGCAACCCGCUGAAGUCACGUGCAUGGCAGACCCGAUCCCACGCCUACAAAGUCAUCGCUUCCACUUGGCUUCUGUCCUUCCUUAUUAUGAUACCCUAUCCCAUUUUCAGCACCCUGAUUAAGUUGACCAAACCCAACAACAUCAAGGCUCACAUGUGCCGCCAUGACUGGCCGAAGAUCGAGGUGGAGCAAGCGUGGUGCAUCCUGUUGCUAUUUGUUCUGUUCUUCAUUCCUGGAGUGGUGAUGAUCAUCGCUUAUGGGCUCAUAUCUUGUGAGCUCUACCGUGGAAUACAGUUUGAAUUGGAACAGAAGAAGGGACAGUGCGGAAUGAAAAAUGGUAUCAGCACCACUGUCUUAUGUACCAGCGAUGACGGAGACGGCUGCUACAUCCAGGUGUCCAAGAGACCCAACUCCUUGGAGAUGUCAGCCCUCACCCCAACGGGCUCCGCAAAGGUGGACCGACCCCGCAGCAAUACCUCCGAGGCUAAACUGAUGGCAAAGAAGCGAGUGAUCCGUAUGCUCAUCGUCAUCGUGGCCAUGUUCUUCAUCUGCUGGAUGCCCCUGUACUCCGUUAACACCUGGAAAGCGUUCGACCUUCCCUCUGCCCACAGGGCUCUCUCUGGAGCCCCCAUCUCGUUCAUCCACCUCCUGUCCUACACAUCUGCCUGCGUCAACCCUAUCAUCUACUGCUUUAUGAACAAGCGUUUUCGAAAAGCACUUUUCACCACUUUCUCUUGCUGCUGCUGGCCCUGCCGUAGAAGAGGCUUCAGGGAAGGUGACGAUGAGGUCACUGCCACCGGAGCGUCCAUGUCUAAGUUCAACUACACCACUGUCAGCACAAUGGGACCGUGCUGAUUCUCAGAGGACCAAGGCUGGGAAAGAUGUAGGAGAACUGGGCUUGAUGUUGACAUAUUGUCAGGGUUUACAUUUUGGUAGAAGGGAGUAGCUGUAUUCAAAUGGACAGACUUAGAUUGUUUAUCGCCUAUUUGCAACCAAGCAUACCACAUGCUACGUCAUCAUCGGUCGUUGUUUUAUGAUCCAUGACAAACUCACUAGAGACUUGUAUUAUAAAUGUAUAUACUUAAGGUGGCGUCCCACAGGCCGACCUAAAACAACUCGGUAGGAGCGGUUACACCAACCUCAUCCUCUUCUGGUGAAGGUCUGUUACUUGUUACUCUCACUCAUUAAGAAUGCAAAAGAAAGACUAAAUGACUAAACAUUUAUUUCUGACUGAAUUAAGAAGUCAUUUUGGUGUAGCAGAACCCCAGAAGAACACUCAUUUAUGCAACCACAAUGAAUAACAAUCAGCGUUUCAUGCAUGUGGCUUAGAGUUUGCUGAGAGGAAGUUUGGAUCAGAUUCAAACCUGACAACUGUUCUUCAGGAUGAGAAGAAGCUCAUUGGUCGGCCUUAUCGGGAUAAUGAUAAUGUCAAAUAUGCGAUUGUCAGAGUCAGCUAGACCAUCAACUCAGCAGGAAGCAGAGUUUCUGAAGCUGUUAUCACUCACCGAGGGAUGGUUACAUGCACCGAUCUCCUAUGAUUCUCAUACAACUAUGUAAAUGACUGACAAUAGCUAGUGGAAUGCAAGCCUUAGACAUUUUAUGUGGAAUUAUCCUUUUGUUGUAGAUUUAAGUGCCUGCAUAAUUCUUUAAAAUCUGUUCUGAGGUCAAGGCUUUCUUCAGAGUAGUAGUCGCAUAAUGUAAAAGAUUUCACUUAUGUGAAAUGAUCAGAACUCUUGAACACAGACAUAUAACAGCUCUCCAAAGUCGUAGGUAGCAUGCUUGUAGUCACAAUAUUCUACAGUAUUACAA